UCUGCAAUAACUAACCGGAAUGGCCGCAUUUCGGUAUUUUUCAAAAAAAUUGCUUUCAAAUACACUAAAAACCGACAUAAGGGCACAAAUAACCAACAAUUAUGUAGUCUGCGUUCGCCUCUUAAGUCACACACCCUUGCAAUACGAUGGGAAUCCUGAUCCCGGCCCUCUUUUUAUCAAGAAAGAAGUACAGUCGCUUCUCAAGACCCUAACUCGAGUGGAUUUGGCAAGAGUUUACAGAAAAAGGAAAUUGGGUGGGAAACAAUUACAACAACCAGUUUAUAAAUUCAUGACUGAUGAACAACUCCAAGAAGCUCUAGAAGAAGCUAAACAAAAAGUCGAUGAAAUGAUUCAGAUACCACCAGUUGUUAAAGUACGUAAGCCUCGUAACAGAGUCUUGUCGCAAGAUCCUGCUCUACAAGGUUUAGAAGCCUCAAAUUUAAUUUUUACUGACAUAUCUUACGGUGUCCCCGAUUCUGAGAGGAUAAUUCUUAUAAGGGACCCUGAAGGAACGUUAAAAGAAGCCGAUUGGCAGACGCGGGAUAGAAUUAAUCAAAUGUACUUUCCUAUAGCGCGGCGACAAGUUACACCCCCAAAAAUGUUUGAGGAUGACAAAUUAAAGGAUUUGUUAAAGAGGGGCGAAUAUAAUUUUAUUCUAGACAGGGCAUGCUUGCAGUUUGAGCCAAACGAUGAGCUUUAUCAAAAAGUUUGCUCAGUUACGUACCAACACAUUAAUGAAAAUAACAAAUUUGAUGAUAUUAGAUCUACUAGACAUUUCGGUAGUUUUGCUUUCUUCAUCACUUGGCAUAAAAUGAUUGAUAAUUUGUUACUUGAUCUUAUUGAAAGCGAGCAUAUUGAUGAGGCCAAAGCUUUGGUUGAACUUUAUGGACAACUACAUGGGGAGAAAUUUAGGGGUAAUUCCGUUGAGGAAUAUAUUACGAAAUUUUCAACGAAAAAAGCAGCCCUUGAGUUGGCCCUCCAAGCAUAUAAAAACGCCGCCAAACAAAGGGAAGAACUCGAAGAGGGGAUCAAACGAGCCCACGGACUUAGUUAAAAAUAAUCUCUUGUACAAAAAACUUUGUAGAAAUUGUCUUUAUUAAACAGUCAUUACAAUUA